AUGCAGCAGCAGGCGCAGGCGCAGGCGCAGCAGCAGCAGCAGCGGGCGCCCGCGGCCGCGGCUGGGCAGCAGCAGCAGUACCAGCAGCCCCAGCAGCAGCAGCAGCAGCCCGGCGGCUUUGGCGGCCAGCAGCAGGCGCAGCAGACUGCGCAGCAGCAGGCUCAGCAGCAGGCGGCCCAGCAGCAGCAGCAGCAGCAGUACCAGCAGCAGUACCAGCAGUACCAGCAGGCUGCCCAGGCCUACGGCGCCGCGCAGCAGGGCGGCUACGGCCAGCAGGGCGGGGUGCCCCAGCAGGGCGCGUACGCCGGCGGUUACGGCGCGUACCAGCAGCAGGGAGGUUACGGCCAGCAAGGCCAGGGAGGUUACGGCCAGCAGGGCCAGGGGUACGGUCCGUACGGUCACUACGGCUACUGA